GCCUGCUAUUAUGAUAUGUCAUGGUCAAACAGCGCUCUAGCUCGUCGUCUGAGACGUCCUCGAGCGAUGAUAUUGAGCUGGAGACGCUGGACGACAUAGCCGUCACACCAAAUCCUAGGCUUCACCAGAAUGGAAGCGGACACAAACACUCGUACGAGGUGGUAUACGACCAGGACGAUGAUUAUUCGGCGGAUGCGGACGAGGGAAGUCGAGCCUUGCUUGACAACGUAGACAGGCCUCGUGGAAGAGAACGGAUACCGGAGCAGGAAACUGGCGUUUGGAGUCAGGUCAAAAGUAUCGUAAUCGAGACAGCACCCACCCUUCUGUUCACUACUAUUGGCUUGCUCUUCACCGGAGAGCUACUAGACCAUGUCUCGCAUUGGAAAGCGAUGACCCGCGUGGACGAGUUAAUCAUGAUUAUACCAGUUGUGCUCAACCUCAAAGGUAAUCUGGAGAUGAAUCUGUCGGCACGAUUAGGCACUUCAGCGAAUCUUGGUGACUUGGACGAACCCAGACAACGGAAACAAAUCAUCCUUGGGAACCUGACUCUACUUCAGGUCCAGGCUACGGUCGUGUCGUUUGUGGCGGCAUUUGUUGCUUUUGUGCUUGGACUUGCUAUUCCAGAUCCGCCUCCUGUUCCAACGGCCCCUUCAAAUGGUACCACGCCAGAUGCUACUGCGGAAGUUGGACGGUUUCUCCUCAGCAGGGCUAUUCCCGGCCUCAGAAUCCCUCGCCCGCCAAGACCUAUAUACGAUGGUACCAAACCAAAGUCAGGAUUAUUUGAAUAUAUCAUGGUGGUCUCGACAGCUAUGUCCGCCGCCUGUCUAUCCAGUAUACUACUCGGCUCUUUCAUGUGUUUCCUCAUCGUAAUGUGUCGACGGUUCGGGCGUGAUCCAGACAAUAUCGCGCCACCCAUAGCAUCCUGCCUCGGCGACCUCGUUACCCUCACACUAAUAGGCCUCGUAUCCUCCCUCCUGAUCAACUUCGUCAACACGCCCAUGCCCCUAAUCCUCGCCAUCCUAGUCAUAUGCUCUGCCAUCGCCUGCUUCGUCGUGACGCGCCGUAACCCGGUCGUGAAAGACCUCCUGAAGCAAGGCUGGUCCCCGCUCUUUGGCGCAAUGAUCAUCAGCAGCGGCACCGGUAUAGUCCUGGACAUGUUCGUCAGUCGAUACGAGGGUUUUGCACUGCUAGCCGUCGUCAUCAGUGGUCUACCAGGAAGCGUUGGCUCGAUCUUUGUUUCUAGGUUAUCGACAGCGCUGCAUACUCAUUCCCUUGACGCCCUCCCGACGUCCCGUGCCGCGACUGACAAGAAAUUGUCCCAGCCGAGUCCGCGGCUGGUGAUGACCACCCUGCUCCUCGUCACGCUGCCCGUUGAGCUCAUAUUCCUCACCGUCCUUCGCGCCCUAGAUUGGCUCAGGCUUCCUAUUGUCUUCGUCGUCUUUGCCGUCUUUUUCUUCUGCUGCGCUGUCACGAUAUCCCUCUUUUUGGCCCAGGCGCUCACUAACUUCUUAUGGUCCAAGGACCUGGACCCGGAUAUGUACGCGCUGCCCAUUCAUUCUGCGCUCAUGGACCUUGUCGGACAGCUGCUCUUGGUAUUGUGUUUCGAGAUAGUAUCAUUAUUAGGAGUUCGUCUCAGUGCUAAGCCGUCGCAGUGAUGGGCUUAUCAGCGUCUAUCACACUAGUUCUGACCCUGUAGAAUUAUUUCAGCUCUCAGAUAAUUUAUUACGGAC